UGGAAACAUGCGCUCAGUGGAGGCUCUGGGCGUUGCGCUGCACACAUCUCUGCUGCUGCUGCUGGUCCACGGCCUUCACAAGUCCAGAGACGGACUUUACAUGAAGGCUUUACAUCCCUUUUCGGUGCUGGACAGGUCAUCCGGACAUCCCUUGCCAACCUAUAUGAUGCACCUCUACAGGAAUUUCAAGUCAAAUUUAUCCAGGCCUUUGGACAUAAUGGAGCGGGACGCGGUAAAGAAAGCGGACACGGUAAAGAGCUUGAUGGCGAAAAUGGUGCCCUUUCGCUGCGUGCCAGACGACCUUAGAGGGCUUCAAUCCACAUCCAGCUCAGUGGGUCUGAUCCACAGACAAGGGCGCUGGGUGGCCACUUUCAAUCUACAUGCCCUCCUGGCUGAAAAACAUAUCCAGGCAGCAGAGCUCAGAAUCCGCCUUCCUCAAGCUCAAAGUGUUUCCAACAUCACAGUGGAGGUGUAUCACCAGCAGCAGGAGUUGGUGGGGCUGCUCACUCAGUCAACGUUGGCCACGUCAUCACGGAGCUGGAAAGUGUUCAACAUGACAAACCCUCUCCUGGGCUGGCUCAGGCAAAAAUCCAAAGCCAAAAUUCGAUACAAAAGAGUAUCAAGACCAAGGAAAGUGGUCAAGAAAAAGAGAGGCCUCUCUAUUGCCCACCACCCCCUUAAUGUUAAGGGCUCAAGAAAGGAGAAGGACGUGAGUGACCAGGCCUUGCUGGUCGUCUUCUCACACACGGGGUUUGACGAAAACUCAAAGGCUAAAGCAAGCUUGCUCCAUACAGCUGAACAAUCCAAGUUUUUGUCCCCUGCUGAUAUCAAAAGGGCCCACUGGCCAAAGAGGCGUAGGAGCAAACGGGGUCAGACAGAACAAACAGCAAGAAACCUGCAGGUGUUCAAGAGAGGGGGUGAAAAAUCUCUCUGUCGCAGAGUGGACCUGCAUGUCGACUUUAAUCAAAUUGGCUGGGGGUCCUGGAUCAUCUUUCCUAAAAGAUACAAUGCCUUCCGCUGUGAGGGUUCCUGCCUCGGACCUCUGGGAGAAGACGUAAAUCCAACGAAUCAUGCUUACAUGCAGAGUCUACUGAAACACUACCAUCCCGAACGAGUGGUACCGCCGUGCUGUGCUCCAACCAAAAUGAGUCCACUGAGCAUGCUGUACUAUGAGAAUGGAGAGAUGCUCCUUCGACACCACGAGGACAUGAUCGUUGAUGAGUGUGGCUGCCAGUGACGGACAACACAACCUCCGAGCAUGAACUUCGGAGCAGGAUGCGCCACAAUGUGUGCGAUCAUAAGGAAGCCAAGCGAUUUCUGAAAAAGAAAAAAGAAAAACACUUAGCCAGAAGGAAAAAGCUCUUUGAUAUUUUUUGACUGUGCACUGUUGGGUCCGAUGUAUGCACAGAGACCCGACUAUACAUUUGUGAUGAGGACCCUGAUUUGAGAGGAGGACAAUAUUAUAUCAAGAUGGGCUGAAAAACAAACUCAGUAAUAGCAGUGAGCUAUCAAUACAAAUCAUUUUAGAGUUUAUUCUCUGUUACUUAUCAGUUUAAUCUGUGUAAACAUGAAAUGGCAAUGUUGUUUAAUAUUCCAGCACUGUUUUAUUGUACAGCACCGUUUGUGUCACUGUAAA